GAGUUAGAAAACUACACAGCAAAAGAUGGCCAGGACACAUGCAGGGGCUUUUUUUUACUUCACUAUUCUUCAGGUUUUGAGAUGCAAUGCUUUUGGAAAUGGAGCUCCAGAGUCAGCCUGUGAAUCAAUGCUGCCAGGACACAAAGGUUACCAGCCACAGCCAUCGCCGUCGCCUUACAACAUCAGUGUUUCAGCCAAGUCAUUUAAAAAUGGACAGCCAAUAAAUGUUACAAUUACUGGACAGAAUUACCAAGGACUGCUUCUAGAAGCUCGAAUGUAUGGCAUUAAAUCAUCUCUGGGCAGCUGGAUGAUGCCACCCCUAAAUACUAAAUUCCUAAAGUGCUCAGGAAAUCCCAAAGGUGCAAUAACCCAUUCAAAUACUGAAAUCAAAACUGCUAGCACAGUUUACACCUGGAUGCCUCCAGAAACCAACUGUCCUCCAGUCAUAACAUUCAAGGCUACUGUGGCAAAAUUAAAAUCUCAGUACUGGGUUAAUCUGACAUCAGAAGUAUUAUGGAGAGAUCAAACAGCUACCUGUGGUGCAGAGACGUUUACGUGGAGCAUCAUCACACUUCUGCUUCUUCUGACUCAUAUAAUAUUCAUUUACAAUGACUAACCUACUGAACCGCAGCCAUGUGGUGUCCCAAACAAGCUGACUCUGCUACUAGAAAACCAAUGACAUAAUCAGCGUCUUAAUAUAUUACAGUAUUUAGAAUUUACAUUGACUGCAUUGCAUAAGUAAUCCAUACAUUGGGACUCCUCCAAUAAGGAGGCAUGAAGGCCGAAGAGCAACAUAAUGGGGUCGGUGUGUUUUUUAGUUAAAUAUUACAUUUUCAUUUUCACAUAGGGAAUUUCAACCUAGUUUCCUGAUAAAAUGCUUCUCUUGACUUUUGUCUGACAUACUAGAAUUCCAGUAUAAAGCUUUAAAAUGAAACAAUCAAGGAAAUCAGUUAUGUUGCUGUUUCUUGAAACAGGGUACUAAUCUUACAAAUGGGAUGGGAUUGCCUUAAUCCUUUUAGGCCCUUCUUUAUUUUAUGCCACAUGAGAGACUGAAGGGAUACUCUCCAUUUAAAACUUGUCAUGUGUAUCUUUGCAUUAACACACCUACCUAGUAAAUAAAUAGAUGAACAUUGCCAGUAUAAUCCAGCCAUCAAUUUACAGGGCACAUUUACUUUAAAGUUUAUAUGCAAAGAAUCUUGAAGUAUACAAAAAAAAAUCUAAACAAUGGAUGCCUGUAGGGUCUUUACUGUGGUCAUAAAAUACAUAAAAAUACAACAGAUGUAACUUCAAUUUAAAAAAGCUUCCAUCUUCUGCUGCUUGAUGCAUACCUGGUAUCAUACCUACAGUAACUGAGGCAUUACCUGGCACACAUCAGUGAUACGAUUGCACAGGAGUAUAGAAAUAGUCCAUCUCUACUAUGUAAAGUAAUACUAUGCCAAGUCAUGUAUUUGGAUUGAUAUUAAAACUCCUGAAUGCUUCCUCUGUGUUUCUGUUGCAUAAUGUCUUUGUCAUGUUAAUAUUUACUAAGUAGCUUGUUCCUACCCAAAACAUGGCUUGUUGGCUGAUGUAUUCAGAGCUCUAUGUUCAACAAGCCUGUCAAACAUUUCUAUGAGUUACAUAGAUUCCAAGGCUGCUAUCCAGGGUCCUAAGAAUUAAUCAAAUCAGGACAAGUAAAGUAAUGCUCCUUUUAACUAAAUAAUUAAAAAUUUCAAUUAAACUAUUUUUUGAAUAACUUCUUUACCUAAUAAUGCAACUGCUGCAUUUAUGAUGCAGUACAUCUAGAAAACAUAUAUUUUUAUCUCUUCAUCUGCAUCAUCAUCUGGGAUUAUGACCUUCCCAAGUGCAGAAGGUUGCGAAUAUUAACAGUGAACACAUUCAAUUUUAAAAGGAUUAUUUUUGCUUAAAAUUAGAUUUUUAGGCAAAAUAAGACUGAGGGAAACCGCUAGCAACCAUCAAUCUGCUAACAAAGGUGGAAAUGGAAUACAGAUGUAGCACUCUGUUUCGUGCCUUUGUAUCCAAGGUUCAAACUGCUACUCAGACCAUGAGCUUUUAAUAUUGUAGCAAACUAUAUUAAUGAACAGAUGUGCCCCACUUAGUAAACUGAAGAUUUUAAUUCUACUAUCCUGUAGUAGUAAAAAGAGAGCCACUUAUGAAAAAUCAUUUAAACUGUUAACACAAACUACCACUGACUAUCUGAAUAGCUUUCAAAAAACUUAAUACAGAAGUCCCAGUAUUAUACUGGUGACUAGUCAACAGCUGAAUCAGACAGAUUUCAGAAACCCCAGUGCCCUUCCAGCAGGAACAGCAAUGUCCACUUCAGGAAUAAAGGACUGUUUUAGCCACCCUAUGUCUCCCCAUUCAUAAAACAUAUACCCAUUUCUAUGGUAAGCUUGGCCUCCCCCUAUAAACAUGGACAGCCCAAAAAACAUUGCCCAGGUAUACCAUUUGCAAAACAUGGCAGCAGGCCCAGUGAGACAGAAGUGGAGUUCCAGGUAACCCUUAUGGGGAACAUAGUGAGACAAACUUCAGAAUCACCACUGCAUAACUCCAAAUUAUUAGAAACAUUGCACACAGGUUUCGAGGCUCAUAGGUUCAUAGGCGAUUACCAGGCUAAUGGCCAAGAGCCCUUACAGGCCUAGACAGUUUUACUCAGAUUUUAUCCAAUUUUCUAUCCCAAGGGAAAAUAUAACAAGGAUCAGCAAGUGGGGUUUCGACAAUUUUACAGACUGCCUCUGUCCAUAAGGGACAUGGGAGCCACCCUAGGAGUAAAUUUGUGAUUUCCCUCCCAUCUACUGAUCCAGGCUGAUGUUAAAGAUGGUCAGGGGAAACCUCAGCUUCACAUAAAAAGGAAGCCAAUUCUAUAGGAGGGGCAAUUUCUGGGAAACAUAUCUCUCUCCCCAGCAUGAUCUAUUCAUGUCAGAGAUCAGAUUUAGAUAUUUGGACUGGGUAACUCUCAUGCAGUUCAUCUGCAUUAUGGUCUGAUUGCAUUAUGGCAUUUGCUAUAGUAGAACAUAGAACUAUACAGAAAACAUGAGUCCAUCAUACUUCCAAGCUGUGCUUGGCAGGAUAGUUUACACUGAUAAAGCUUUUGGGAUUCAUGGACAAAAACUGAACUUUUACUGAUACUCUAGGUGCACAAUGCUAAGAACAAGUUGACACGGGUACAGCAGUUACAUGAUAUACUUUACCUUUUGGGAUGUCAGACACCCUGGGAAAUCUACCUCAUCAAUUAAACACCCCUAAAUGUAGACACAGUAGUCACACAUUUAGGGACUCAUGAAGAUAGUAACCUAGCUUUUGAACAACACGUGUCUAAGGUGGUAAGAAAAUCAUUCUAUGUCACUCACCUUAUAAAUAAGGGCAUGGCAUCUAGGUCCAGGGAAGUGACCAUGCCACUAUACUCCGUCCUCAUCAGGCCCAUCAUUGUCUAUAAUGCUCCCUUUCGUAUGUACCUGACCAGGCAAGUGACAACUGGAAUGUCCACAGAGUUCCUCACAACAAGAAUACAGAAUGAAAACAAUGGCCUAUGCAGAUCACAUCAAAGCCCUAUAGCUAUACUCUGUUUAAUAUAGACUGAUGAGAUGCAAUUUACGCCUGGCAUACAAAACAUCCUUGGAUCCCAUCGUGAUAGUCCUUCUGGAAAUCCACAAAACUGCUUCAUUCAAGGAUUUAAACUUUGUUUGCAACUGAAAUAGAACUUGUUGGUGGGACAGAUAUGUAUUUAAGAGAAUUUCCAUUCUCUGUAAUAUGCUACCCAUCUAUGUGAAUUGGGCCUUCCCUAACCCUAUUAAAGCAUAACCUAGACCAGUGGAUGGGAAAUGAGAAAUUCACCCCGGGUCUGACACCUAUGUCUCGGAUAAACAGAGGCAGCAGUUAAAUCAUGCCUUAACAAAAAUAAACCCUUUAAAUAUACCUCUAAGGCAAAAUAGCCCCUGGGAUACAUUUACCUAAGAACCUAUGAUCAAUGCUGCCUAUUUAAAAUACAGAGUAAUGUAACAUCAACAUGGUUAUAGACAUCACAAUAGUGGGCACUGCAUCGGUGGUCUUGGAUCAAUCCCAGCAUCCCAACACUCAGGAAAAUCACUACUGACAAUAAUACUGACCUUAGCCAUGCUGUAGUCUGUAUUUACAAAAAUGGCAUAUUGAAAAAUAUUGGUGUAGUUUGCUAACUCCAAGGUCAGUCACAGUCUGUCUACACUUCUUCCACUUCAGCUCAAGCAGCGAAUCUUAUACUGAAUGUGAACUAAAUACUAGCAUAGUUCUAGAUGCAUGCAACAUACACACACACACACACACACACACACACACACACACACACACACACACACACACACGUUCCUUACCAAGCUGUGGGCAUUUUUUUUUUAACAUUCACAAAACACUAUUUAGUUGUGCAGACACACAUUAAAUGGAAGCAGGUAACGCUUGCUACAAGAUGUUUCUGAAUCCAGUCAUCAUACCUCGUAAGUUGCAGCCCUUUGUAAACUAUAGCUUUUAUGCCCCACUGGGAAAAGUUGUGUGUGUCUCACACUCACUCACGAAUUCAGUCACUGUUUCCUACUCUGCAAAUUCCUCAGGAAAACUGAAUCAUGCAUGUAACUCCUUCACUGUGUAAAAAUGAAACACCCACUUGUCAGAUUCAAACUAUCCUUGCUCUAUUUUCAAAUUGUGCCUUAUGGUUAUUGUAUAGCUCCUCUUCUGAAAGAUAUUGUUCUCCUGGAUUGUACUUAUUUGGAGGUGUUUCAGUGUUGAAAUCAUGCCCCUUUCUCCAGGGGUGUAUAUACAACUUGUCUUGGACCCCAGCACCAUUUUUGCUCUUCUUUUCUGUGCUUACAUUUUGUCAGUACCUUUGCACAGGUGGGGGUUAUCAGAACAGUACACAGUACUUCGGAUAAAAUCAUGGUGAUGCCUGUCUAUGAAAUCCAGAAUCCCACAACCUUCCUUACUGUUCACCUUUUGAUUCUCUGAUACAACUGUAAAAAGCUCCCUUUGACUAUGUGUUACAUCUUUCUUCUUAUAACCCAGACUUGCCUUGGGUUUUUGGAUAUCCGGGUUCAGGACUGGAGUUCCAUCCAUGACCAUCGCAUGCUGUAUGCCUGUUGCUUGCUAGAAAAUGCUCUGACUCCCUAUAACCCUUAAAAAUAGAAUGCACAACUCAAAGCUGCCCUGGUUGCAUCCAUUCCUUUAACUGUCUGCAUCUGCCCCUCAUUCUGCUCACUGUAUUUCCAUAACAGCCCUGCUGUGGAUCUUUGUCAUCUAUAAAUAGCUUCACAUCCCCUCUUAAACACAUUCACAGUGUCCUACAUACAAGCAACAAAGAAAACUGAUUGCUUUUUGACAUAUACUAUAGCCCAACUGUUUAUACAAUAUAUCACAUUGUAUGGACACUGACACUCCCUGACAAUCCGGUGGACUAUUGUGGUUUAUUAGUUUCUAGUCGGGUAGCUGCUUCCAGACUGACUAUUACAUCCUCUGAUACUGUGUGAUGUUAAUAAGUGAUUUUACAAUAUGGAUUCAGAAGUAAGCAAUCAGACCUGUGUAACCAUCAUGGCUUGCGGCAAAGCUCAAUAAUUUGAUUUCUCAGGAAGCCAUCCACCUCCCCUAACUGACUAGAGAAUGUUUACUUUCACCCACGCACAGAUUAGUACAUUUGAAGGGCAUCCUUUAUUAGUACAACCAAAAAGGCUCUUCAGUCUCUCCAGUAACUUUAAUGGUACUCCUGACAACCACCAGUUAGCUGGGAUCAAGUCGUAAUCAGUCGUUUAGGAUCAAGCGGUAAUGUAUAUAUCUAUUUUUUUUUGUGCAAAAGCAUGAAAUAGCUGCAAUCACACCAAAUCUGAAAGCUAUUUUUCUUUUAUUUUACAUCUUAUGUAUGUUGUUGAAAAAAUCCUUCAGUCAAACUUAAAAGAAAGCGUUAUGAACGAAAUCCAAAGACAAAAUAAUAAUUUCAUAUUGUCUUAAGACAAAACAUCUCUGGCAUGUCACAGCAUUCCAUAGAAAUGUGCUACUUUCCAAGUGAUACUAGCAUACCUAUAAUAACUGCUACUACGUUUUCACUAAAAGACUCGCACUUCUCUUCUCUUGGAGGUGAUCUUGCACUGUCUGAAGAACAAGUCUGUGUAUAAUAAAAGAAAGUAAUGAAGAGAUAUGGAGUAUCAAUAAAGUACUGGACGUUAUCCUCCUUUCAGUUUUGUCCCGUGCAUAAUCAUGUAUAUUUUACACUGUAUUGUAAUUUUUGCCACAAUGAUAUUGGCUUGCUUUGUAUCUUUGCAAGUUCAAUGCAAUUUUAAUAAAUGAUAUGUGCUUGUUCUUGUACUGGA